AUGGAAGAGAUGCUACAACUGAAGAGGGAAAUAGAAACAAAGGCUGCUGAAGCUAAUGAUGAAAAUCAUGAGGAAGAUCUACAGCCAGAAGAGUUAAAAGAAGGAUCAGAUAAGUAUCCAGUGUUCAAUCUUGAUAUUGAUUUUGCAAGAAAAAUUACUUUGAAAGCUAUCAAGGAAGACUUUGGAAUAGUUGUGGGGGAUCAAAAAUGUUGGUAUGCUAAGGUAGAAGCAAAAGUUAUGUUGUACGGAAAUGGUGCUGAUCAAUACAAAAGAGUUUAUGACUAUGCAAAUGUAGUGAGGAUGCAUAAUCCUGGGAGUUCAGCACCUGUGAAGGUUUUACCAGAGAUAGAGAGACCAAUAUUUCAGAGCAUGUUUAUAUGUCUUAAACCUGUAUUGGAUGGGUUUUUAGCUGGAUCAGUAGGUAAGGACGGAAACAACAACAUUUACCUAUUAGCAUGGGCAGUUGUGGAUGUGGAGGAUUUUCGAACCUGGUCAUGGUUCUUGACCAAUAUUAAAGAAUGUCUGGGCACAGAUGAUGAAAAGGGCUACACAUUCAUGUUUGAUAGGCAAAAGGGACUUAUAAGAGCCCUUGAUGAGAUUGUACCUGAGGCACAUACAAGGUACUGUUGGAGACAUCUUUGGGGAAAUUUCAAACAAAAAUGGUCGGUUGAAGCAUACAAGUUUGUAGAAGAUGAAGAACUGAAAGACCUUAAUGCAGAGGCUUAUGAGUACAUGGUUUCAAUACCAUCAAAUGCAUGGAGUAGGCAUGCAUUUGACACUAUUAGGAGAUUUAUCAUGCAAAGACACCAUAAGAAAAGGGAAGGGUUAAAUUCAAUAGAGGGUGGUAUUUUGCUUAUGUUAAGAAAAAAAAUUGAAUGGUCUACUGAGGCAAACAAAAGUUGUAUUGUUAUAGUAGCUAGUAGCACAUUGUUUGAGGUAUUCUAUGCCAUCAUGCGUAUGCAACAAUAA